GACGUCGUCAUCUUCUUUCUCUCGUCCUGGACGCCUUCUUCAGAUAUAAUACAGCUGCAGCACCGUCACGAGCACUCUCCGCCCUUGUCGCCUCGUUGGACUCCCGACUCCCGACUCCCCCUCUUCCACUGCCGGACCGGCGACUUUUUUAUUAGAUCUCCAGCGGCCCCCCGCGCGAUACGUCCCUGUGUUGCCGUGCGUCCUGCCAACUCGGUCGCUAGCGCCCGCAUCCAGACCCCGUCUUCUCCAGCCCACACCAUCCCUUUCCAUCCAUCCACCCGUCGCGCGCCGUCAUCCCACCAACCCGAAAACAAACUUUGGGCGUCGGUUCGCCCCCCUGCAAAACUGGCCCAGGCUCCGGUACGUCAGUGACCGCCGCCACCUGCUCGCCGCCGUCGAUUUGCCGUCAUCAACACCACAAGAUCUGAGCCCCGAAUCCUUAUCCUGCGGGCCCCCGAACACCCCCCCAGCGAGCGCCGCGCUCGUUCGCCGACCAAGAAGCCCGCCGCCCUCUGUGCGGCAACCACUCUCUCCCACGACGCUCAUGACGUAGCGGCCGACAACGAAGCUCGAUCGUCCGGGUCCUCCGCAAAACACCGCCAGCCAUGGAGCUGGUCGCAAGAGGACUCGACAAUGACACUCGCGGGUGGAUCAUGACCUUUGUCAGUGGCAUCGCAUGCGUCUUUGGUGCCAGCAUCAUCUGCGUCGACGUAUUCGUCCGUCUCCUGCCCGGCAAGAGAAACUUUCGCAUACAGGAGAGCAGUGCCUUUCUUGCCUGCUCGCUGAGCCUCAGCUUCGGCGUCAUGCUCUUUUCCUCGCUCUAUAGCAUGCUUCCCGAGUCCAAAGGCUACCUCAAAGAUGCCGGCUGGGACGACCAAACCGCCGGUCUCGUCAUGAUGGGCGGCUUUGUCGGAGGUUUCUUUGGCAUCCAGGCCGUCUCGCGUAUUCUCCACCAGUACAUGCCAUCGCACGUGGUCGACUGCGAUCACUCCCACGAUGACGCUGCCACCGCUGACAGCCACUCGUGUAACCAUGGCAGCCGUAGGCACUCCCGUGUCAGCCGCGCCAGGAGACGCAUGUCGCCGCGACCCCGGUCCUCGCAUGGACCCACAAAGAAGGACUCGGCCGUGUCUGAGAACGGCUCCGUUCAUGCCGUCGAGUCGACGCCUUUGCUCGGGUCGGUCCGAUCGGCUCCCGACUCCGGUCUGCCGAGACGACACACCUCAGAUAGACCAGAGGAGAUGUCUCAACGACCCCUGAGCCCGUUGCUGACUGCCCGCGGCCGGGCCACGACGGCCAUUGACACCAGCGCGCCGCGCCGCCCUUCCGUCUUUGACAUGCCGAAGCGCGUCAUGUCCUUUGUCAAGGACACCAAAUGCAACUGCGAUGAGCAAGGCUCCUGCUACGGAUAUACCGACCCUUGCGGUCAAGAGUGCUUCAAACACCUGUCGACGCGCUCUGCCAACGGACCGCGGGCCUUGACCAGGCUGCGUACCACCACCGGGGCGCUGUACCACCCCGGCCCGGGCCCCCACAGCACCCACGAGCACGAGCACGACCACCAUCACCACGAGCAUCACCAUGAAGGAUCAGAGCCUGUAAGCCCAAGAUAUCGCGCCAGUCUUGUCCUGUCCUACGAUGCUUUGGACGUUGCCGAGGAGAUACCUGAGGAGGGCGAUGAGGAGGUUGACGACGAACGCUCGUGCUCCUCGAUGGAAGAAGGCGAUCCCGAGGCGCAGCACCACCAUCACGUUCCCGCCAAUGCCUUCCUGUCUAUUGGUCUGCAGACGUCCAUCGCCAUCGCCCUCCACAAGUUUCCCGAAGGCUUCAUCACCUACGCCACCAACCACGCGAACCCCGCGCUUGGCUUUAAUGUCUUCAUGGCCCUCUUCGUCCACAACAUCACCGAGGGCUUCGCCAUGGCCCUCCCACUCUUCAUGGCUCUUGGUUCUCGCUGGCGCGCCAUGGUGUGGAGUGCUCUCCUCGGAGGUUUGUCGCAGCCGUUCGGCGCCGGCGUUGCCGCGCUGUGGUUCAAGCUCGCCAAGCGAAACAACAUGUCUCCCAAUUCUGUAGCCUACGCGUGCCUCUUCGCCAUUACGUCGGGCAUCAUGGUCAGCGUUGCGCUGCAACUGUUCGUGGAGAGCCUGAGCCUCAAUCACAACCGCAAUUUGUGCAUCUUUUUCGGUUUUAUGGGAAUGGCGCUUUUGGGGUUGAGCAACGCCCUCUUCACAUCUCACUAAAUAGAGCGACGACGGGCGGUUGCGCAUCAGCAAGGAGUUGACUGGUUUUCCAGGGAGUUGGCAGAGUCGGAAAGGAGUUUGUUUUCUGGGCAGAACGAUCAGGAUGACACAAGUGUUCGUUUCGUGAUUUGGAAACGGUGUGACCAGGAUCAUAGAAACGGAUACAUGAGAGCAUUGACGGCUUGGGCAUUGGCAUUGGGCUCAGCGUGCAUUGGCAGCAGCAACCUCGCGGUAUCAUUUCGUACCCCAUACUAGUACGGUU